AAUCACAGCAAACUCCUGUUCCAUGCUGUGAUGGGUGAAACUCUGGGAGAUUCUCUUAUUGACCCAGAGAGUGAUUCCUUCGCGGACACACUGUCUGCAAGCACUUCACAAGAAAUUACCAUGGUGGACACAGAGAUGCCGUUUUGGCCCACCAACUUUGGGAUCAGCUCCGUGGAUCUUUCUGUGAUGGACGACCACUCCCACUCCUUUGACAUCAAGCCCUUCACCACCGUUGAUUUCUCCAGCAUUUCCGCUCCACACUAUGAAGACAUUCCGUUCCCAAGAGCUGACCCAAUGGUUGCGGAUUAUAAGUAUGACCUGAAACUCCAAGAGUACCAAAGUGCAAUCAAAGUGGAGCCUGCAUCCCCACCUUACUAUUCUGAAAAGACUCAGCUGUACAAUAAGCCUCACGAAGAGCCUUCCAACUCCCUCAUGGCAAUUGAAUGCCGUGUCUGUGGGGAUAAAGCUUCAGGGUUCCACUAUGGAGUUCAUGCUUGUGAAGGAUGCAAGGGUUUCUUCCGGAGGACAAUCAGAUUGAAGCUUAUUUAUGAUAGGUGUGAUCUUAACUGUCGGAUCCACAAAAAAAGUAGAAAUAAAUGUCAGUACUGUCGUUUUCAGAAGUGCCUUGCUGUGGGGAUGUCUCAUAAUGCCAUCAGGUUUGGGCGGAUGCCACAGGCCGAGAAGGAGAAGCUGUUGGCGGAGAUCUCCAGUGAUAUCGACCAGCUGAACCCAGAGUCUGCUGAUCUCCGGGCCCUGGCAAAACAUUUGUAUGACUCGUACAUAAAGUCCUUCCCGCUGACGAAAGCAAAGGCGAGGGCGAUCUUGACAGGAAAGACAACAGACAAAUCACCAUUUGUUAUCUAUGACAUGAACUCCUUAAUGAUGGGAGAAGAUAAAAUCAAGUUCAAGCACAUCACCCCCUUGCAGGAGCCAAGCAAAGAAGUGGCCAUCCGCAUCUUUCAGGGGUGUCAGUUCCGUUCCGUGGAAGCUGUGCAGGAGAUCACAGAGUAUGCCAAGAGUAUUCCUGGGUUUGUAAAUCUUGACUUGAAUGACCAAGUAACUCUCCUAAAAUACGGCGUCCAUGAGAUCAUUUACACGAUGCUGGCCUCCUUGAUGAAUAAAGAUGGGGUUCUCAUAUCCGAGGGCCAAGGAUUCAUGACGAGGGAGUUUUUAAAGAGCCUGCGAAAGCCCUUUGGUGACUUUAUGGAGCCCAAGUUCGAGUUUGCUGUGAAGUUCAAUGCACUGGAAUUAGAUGACAGCGACUUGGCAAUAUUUAUAGCUGUCAUUAUUCUCAGUGGAGUCUUUAAAGAACAGUUACCUUGGAAAAUGGCAGAGGCAGUUUUCCGUCCCCCAAAGAGGAAAAGAAGAGUGUAUGAGAGCUAUGAGUCUCCACUGCCGAUCCCUUUCGGUCAGGACUGUGGUCCUAAGAAGGACUUUAGAAUAUUCCGGGCCGAGAUGAUAAACAACAAUGUGAUAGUGAGGAACGCAGAAGAUAUGGAACAGCUCUAUGGGAAGGGUUAUUUUGGAAAAGGUAUCCUGUCCAGAAGCCGUCCAAACUUCACAAUUUCAGAUCCUAAGCUGGUUGCUAAAUGGAAAGAUGUGAAGACAGACAUGCCUGUAAUCACGUCAAAAAAGUAUCAGCGUAGCGUGGAAUGGGCCACAAACCUCAUGCGAAGACAGGGCCAGGAUGAGAGCACAGUGCGUAGACUCCUUGAGGAUUACACAAAGCCCCUUCAGCAUCUUUGUCUGCAAAGGAAUGAAGAGGUCCAGUUGUGUAAUGAGCUGAACUCUGGAAUGGUUUCCAAAAGGGAAGGCACAGCAGAUAGAGAGAAACUUUCUGCCAUGAAUGGGGUUGCAGGAAAGUCACACGAUCUGGAGGAUCCCAGCAAGCGAUCAGACUGCCUGCAGGAGGGCUCCAGGCCUGACCCAAUACCUACCCACGGCCCGGGUGAACAUGUGGCGGAGGUCACCGCUUCUCUGCCCCACGUGCACUGGGGCAAACAGGAUGUUCUCCUCCCGCCCUCUGGCGCUCAGCCUGGGGACAGCAGCCAACGAGCGGGUCUGGUCCCGGCCAGAGAGAGAGGGCCUGAGCAUCACUGCGUGCUGGUGGAGGAAGUCGUGUGUGACGUGAGUGAGAGGGAAGACGCCUCAGGUGGGAACAUGUCGCCAAAAAAGAGACUGAUAUGCAGAAGAAAUCCAUUUAGGCUCUUUGAGUACUUGCAGCUCAGCCUGGAAGAGGCCUUCUUCCUGGUCUAUGCUCUGGGAUGUCUAAGUAUCUACUAUGAGAAGGAGCCUUUAACGAUUGUGAAGCUCUGGAACGCCUUCCGCGUAGUUCAGCCUACGUUCAGGACUACGUACAUGGCGUACCAUCACUUCCGAAGCAAGGGCUGGGUGCCCAAACCGGGACUUAAGUACGGAACUGAUUUGCUGUUGUAUCGAAAAGGCCCUCCAUUUUACCACGCAAGUUACUCUGUCAUCAUCGAGCUGGUGGAUGACCAUUUUGAGGGCUCUCCUCGCAGACCUCUCAGCUGGCGGUCCCUGGCUGCCUUGAGCAGAGUUUCAGUCAGUGUCUCCAAGGAAUUUAUGCUGUGCUAUUUGAUUAAACCCUCCACCAUGACUGACAAAGAAAUGGAGUCACCAGAAUGUAUGAAACAAAUUAAAGUUCAGGUAGGUGAACUCGGAAACAAAUUCACGUCGUCACAAAGGCUCUGCCCAGCGUAUUACGUCCCUUGGAACCGGUGGUCCCGAGACAGGACGGGAAAAGCAUCUCGCCUCGGCAACGAGAGCCCUCUCAGGUCCUUCCCCUCUGAACCCAGCCUCGCUCCCCCUUAACCCUGUGGCCCCUUGUUCUGUGAUGUCCUCUGGUUUCCGCCCCUGUCGGGAGCAGCCCAGACCUCUCCUGGGUCUCGGCCCCUGAAACGACAAGUAUCACUGUUGGCUCGCCGCCUCCUUGAACAUCUUGUCUGGCUGCUGGGGGCCUGUGUUGGGCUGAGGCUCCCGCAUCUUCCUGGCGGGAUUUUCUCUGCCGGCACUGCCGACCCGCCAUCCAGUUGCCCAUCCCGCAGCAGGCCAGCUGUUGGUCCCCAGGGCCCAAGCGCCUCGUCCCCCUGUUUAUCCUGCUCACACCCACUGGCUCAGCUCUUCAUAAAAUGCCAGUCGAGACCCACGUCUCCCUUCCCCGUGCUGCCCCAGACACACCGGCACCGUCACAGACCUGGUACUGUGUUGAACAGUGGGUUCGCACCAGCACUCCUGUUCCUGAAAUGUGCUGGUAGGAGACCACAGCAAGGGUAGCUCUUAAAAUCUUGGGGUGAUUACUGUAGAUGCUGUAGAUGUUUCCACAUAAGGUUUGUUUGCUACAUUCACAUUUCUCCAAAUGUUUAGUUACAAGGAAUGGGGAGCAGGUAUCAUCCUUGUACAGACAGCUCUCUACAAAAUACCUCUGCGAUGCUGUAUGCCUGGCGUGUUCACGUUCGUUCAUUUCUGUUUUUGCAAUUCAGUCGCCUUUGUAUUUUGAUUGGUUACAGGAGGUGAUUCUAAGCCGUUGGGUUUCUUCACGGGAGAGGAGCGAUCAAGAUGAACUUUAACAACUCAGCCUCAGGUUUCUGAUUUCACCAGCAAAUAUUACUGAGUCUCCUGUAUAAGCCAAGUUCAGGGCGAGGUAAAGAGUCCUUUUAUUGUAAUUGCCCAUUAAUGUAAAAGUUUUAAAGAGCGUGGCACUCCCAGCACCGGAAAGUGUUAGUGUGUUAAAAAUUGAAAUUACCCAGGGAAGAAGAGCCCUGUGCGGGGACUACAGGUUCUGUCCUUGGAACGGUCACUCACUGACCCCGGGCCUCUCGCCUCAGGGCCUCGUCCUUUCUGCGAGGGGGCUGGACUAGGCCAGUCCCAAGAGGACCCUCCCAGCAACAGGCAACUUCUGUUACUCUCUGAUUUUACCUGAAACGGUAGCUUCUCUCCAGGUGGCUCUGCAGUGUUCAGGGCACCACUGUGCACCUGCCUCUCUCAUUACCCACAUCCAAUCUGUCCUGGAAGAGGGGCUUCUGUCCACAGGUCUCCAGCUCUCCAGGAACUUCAGCCAAUUUCGCAAACAUGGGAAAUUCCAUUUACUGCCUACCAAGGAUUUCUGUAUCAUAGGAAGCAUUUUAAAACACAUUACCUCAUUAUUUAAUUCUCAGUGAACUUAUUGGUGGGCACGUUGUGUAGAGUACACAACGAUAUUGUACAGGAUUAGAUAAGAAUUGUAUCUUGCUUCACUGAACUCGUUAUAAAAUAAAAAUAUGUGGUGAAAAAAUGAAUGGAGAUAUAUACUGAAUGCAAUUAAUAUUUGGUAAAACACAGUAAACGAAGCCCUUUUUUAAAUUGUUUAGAUGACAAUGAAGAGUUGCCUGAGGGGCAGCGGGGGGUGGGGGGGGAAAUGGGUGGAGGGGACGGUGAACGAUGUCUGAGAUUCACCCAGCGCCCAAAUUCACAUCACUGGC